UUUGAGUCUACAGGCUUGCCGUAGACAGCGUGGUUCAAUGACAUUUGCUUGCGUGUAAGGCCGUGUACGGGGAAGCCGGCUUGUUGAAAUUUAGCGUGGACGUCGUGAUGGCUUUAUACUCUGUACUCAGGUCGAUAAGAACAGAUCUUAACAAGGUCUGUUUCUCCCAACGCGUCCAGUCGGUCCAUACAACCUGUCCGCUUCUUGCUGCAGAGAAAGCACUUCUUGUGAAACUGCGGAAGAGCACCGGCUACACCUUCAUCAACUGCAAGAAAGCGCUGGAAAAGUUUGAUAAUGACAUCAAGCAGGCAGAGAGUUGGUUGCACGAGCAGGCCCAGAAGGAGGGCUGGAGUAAAGCGACCCGAUUGGAGGGUCGACGGGCCAGAGAGGGCCUGAUUGGUCAGCUGGUGGGCGAUGGGGCAGCAGUAAUGGUGGAGGUGAACUGCGAGACUGACUUCGUGGCGCGCAAUGAGAGGUUCCAGGAGCUGGUGAGGGAUGUGGCGUUCGCCGCCAUGGCUCACCACCGCCGAAAGACCGAGGGCCAAUCAGGAUACGCAAAGCACUCCCUGUCUGCAGAAGACCUCUCCACACUGAGCGUGUGCGAGGGAGCUCGUCUCACGGACCUGGUCGCGCUGACGAUAGGUCGGCUGGGUGAGAACAUCAGCCUGAAGAGGGCGCUGACGCUGGGGGUCCCGGCCGACUGGCACAUCGGCUCCUACGUCCACGGGCCGGCGGCGGCGGGGGGGGCGCUGGGCAUGGCCAUGGGGCGGUACGGCGCCCUGGUGGUGUUCCGGGGGGGGCGGGGCGACGCGGGGGCCCUGGGCCGGCAGCUGGCCCAGCACGUGGUGGGCGAGGCGCCCGUCUCCCUGGGCAACGCCGACGACCUGCCGUGCGGGGAGGCGGAGACGCGGCUGCUGCCGCAGAGCUUCCUGGCCGACCCCACGCGCACCGUCGCCCAGCUCCUGGCCGAGGAGGGGGCCCGCGUCCUGGACUUCGCCCGCUUCCAGUGCGGGGAGGGGAACGGCCCCGAAGAGCAGUGAGCGACGCCCCGGGGUUCCCCCCCGAAACGUCCCCCUCACCGCCCGCUCUCUCUCCCAAGCCAAUAUCAGCCCAGAAAAUCGCUCCAUCUGUCAGAAAGGCGGCCAUUUUGUUCAGAAUCCAGCUGAGACAGUUCAGUAUGACUUAAGCUUUAUGAAUUCAGAUGCUAAUGCAGUGUCUUAAGUCUGCCUGUGUCAUUUUGUGUGGCUAUGAACUUGCCCUUGAAUAAAAUCUUCCAUUUGCUCUUUGUGUGUAUUUCCCCAUAACCCACUUUUAAUGCUGAUCAUUAUAUGAGAUAUAUAAAUUUAUAUUAUAGAAAUAUAUAUACAAAAAUUUGUAUAUAUUUUGUAUAGCAUACUUUGUAUAGCAUAAUGAAAUUGCAGCCCAAAGUGCAUUUGUAUAUAGACUAUGUAUGUAGCGUAUGUUAUUUUUAGCUGUGGUUUCGUCGUGUGGAUCACUGUUUGAGGUAUGGACGUAUAGAGACUGAGUGUGAGUUAAAAUGAGCUGCUUACUCCAUUCUCGUUUUGCAGUUCCUGUAAUUCCUGCAUUUGAUUGGUCUGAUUUAUUAUCUGACAAUGUAGAAAGGCACAAACUCAGUGUAACAAGCUACAUGGUGGAUAAAACCUUUGUAUAUGAAGUUUAAAUAACACAAAAGUGUUCUGCUGUAACAGUGAACUAAAUUGAAUAGAUAAAUGUGUAGAAAGACUAUACGCUGUACAAAGUCAAAUGGAGAAAACUUUGUGGUAAAGUUAAAUGCAAUGAGGGUAAUCAUAAGAGAAUCUUUUGUGAGCCUGUGGAGAGGUGGGGGGGAAAAAUAAAUCAUCUAAGUAAGAAUUUACUUUGUCCAGCAGGGGGCACCUUAAAUCUCUCUGCUUAGUACUCUGGCAGUAUUGUUAUGUCACAAUAAAGGGUGGAGUCCCGUUGUCAGACUCACCAAUCACA